AUGGCCGAUGUCGAUGCUACAAUACUUCCCCUCGAAGGUUUCCCUUUGGCAAUCUUCGCCGUGUCUCUUGUCUGCCUUUGUAUUUCGACGAUUACCAUAGUCGUAAGGACAUAUGUCAGAAUUAAUGACAAUGCAUUCGGCUGGGACGAUAAAUUGAUAGUCCUGGGACUGAUCGUUUACAUCGCCGAUGUCGCUUUGGCUUGUCAUGGUGCUCGAGUUGGCCUUGGUUCACAUAAUAGCAGGCUAAAUACCUUCUUCUCGGUACAAGGCACAAAGUACCUCAUGCUAUGGAUGAUGCUAUAUAUUUUAGGUCUGGCAAUCAUCAAAAGCUCGAUUUGUGUGACUCUCUUGCGUAUAGCUAGCGCGCACAAGACGUACCGAUUUUUCGUCUUGAGCUUGCUCGGUCUCACCAUCGCGACAUUCUUGGUGACUUUCAUUGGAAUUCUGUUUCUAUGCAGACCUGUGGCUGCAAAUUGGGAUACGUCGUUGAUAACAGAAGGAAAAGGGACAUGUUCGGGCAUGGGCACAAUGAUCGCAUUGAGCUAUACCUCGACAGCUUGUACCAUUGUGACAGAUUUGGCUUGCGCAGUGUUCCCUGGUGUAAUGCUGUAUAGGACGCAGAUGCCAUUGGGAAGGAAGAUACAAGUGGGCUUGCUUUUGUCAUUCGCUUCUGUUGCUUCAAUAUCGACAAUGAUUCGAGCACCGUACAUUGAAAACUACCGCACUCCCACAGAUAACCUGCUCUACUAUACCGGUUUCAUCGUUCUCCUAUCCAACAUAGAAACAGCCAUUGGUUGUGUAGCAAGCUCGAUUCCUACAGUCGGUCGCUUUUUCAUGCGCAACAGCGCCACAAAAAAAUCAACAUCCGAACCAGAUGGCCCAAAAGAUCUCGUCACUUUUGGUAGCGCACCGAUAAGUGCCCGACACAAUACCAAAGGUCGAGUCUUUCGCAAUCCUACCGACACCGGUACAACAUUCGCUACAGUGCACGCACACGGAGAUGGAGAUUGGAGUAGACUGCACGAUGGAGAUUCCGAUCACAACCCGGAACUAGAUGCUCAGCAGGGGAUUCGCGCAGAUUAUACUUAUCAAGUAGAGCUGUCUAAGUCGCCGAAACACAACCAGUCAGAAUCCGUCAGGGAGUUAGCCCAUGAUGGAUCUUCGUGUUAG